CUGGGCUACCAGCUUGGAUGGUGCCCUGGCGACAAGACAUGAGUUUUCUUUGUUAAAACCUUAAAUUAAGGAAACUAUUCUUUAAAAUUAAUUUUCCAUUUUAACAUCGUUGACGAGUUGACCAAAAGAAAGCUCCAUCUCGUUAUAUAAUUGGUGAGGAUUGCUUGGUAGAGAGGUGCAAGCUCAUCUGCUGAUUGGUUUCCAGUCCGAAUACAUUCCUAAUGGCGAGCAAUGGAAAUGGGAAUGACGGGAAUCCUCAGUUCUCAUACUAUUUCCCUCCUCCGACCUGGGCCGAUCCAUACCAAUCAUCCUCGUCCUCAUCAUCAGUUCCGACAUGGGUUAUCGCUGCAAUAGUAGUGGUCGUCGUCAUUGCAGGCGUAUUACUGCUUCUGUACAUCAUGAGGAGGGGGAAAAAGAUCGCGGAGAAUGCUGCUGCUGAGGCCACCGAGGCUGCCGAGGUCUCCGAGGCUGCCAAGGCUGAGGCUGCCAAGGCCGCCACAGCUGCCAAGGCUGAGGCUGCCAGGGCCACCGAGGCUGCCAAGGCCUCCGAGGCUGCCAGGGCCGCCACCGCUGCCAAGGCCUCCGAGGCUGCCAACUCCGCCACAUUUGCCAAGGCUGAGGCUGCCAAGGCAGCCACAGCCGCCACGGCCGCCGAGGCUGCCAAGGCUGGGGCCACUGAGGCUGCACAGGCUGCCAAGGAUGCAAUCGACCAGCUGCCUAUAACCAUUUGUCCAUCCUGCAGGCAUAUCAGGGUUUUGUGCCCAAUCACUUCUCUGGGUCCCUGGUGCAAGUGUAAGACAGGAAUUAGCUGGCCUUGUCCAGCGAAAAAAUAAAAACUAUAGUAGCAGAAGAACCUUACUUUUCAGUGUUAAUCAGUUUAUCGGAUUUGGAAUUUGCUGGUUCAUGAUCUGAGUUCAGCAGUUAUAUUGGUCAUCCGAGUUUGAGAAUAAAUUGUAAUUGCAGAUAUUUCUUGGACUUUUUUUUGUUAC